AUGAAAACCCAUUAUGAAAAUGCAACCAUCAUUAAAACGCCGCUCUUCCCCAAAGAUCUCUUUACCAAAGAGCAACUCGAAAAUGGUGCUGUUGUAUGUCACAUAAUCGGUGUGAUAUACAUGUUCGUAGCCUUGGCCAUCGUUUGCGAUGAAUUCUUUGUGCCUUCCUUGGAUGUGAUCAUCGAAAAAUUGGGCAUUACAGAUGAUGUUGCGGGCGCCACAUUCAUGGCGGCCGGCGGCAGUGCGCCCGAAUUAUUCACCAGCGUUAUUGGCGUCUUCGUGUCAUUCGAUGAUGUGGGCAUCGGUACAAUUGUCGGUUCGGCUGUCUUCAAUAUACUGUUCGUGAUCGGUAUGUGUGCGUUAUUCUCGAAAACGGUGCUGACGCUGACGUGGUGGCCGCUGUUUCGUGAUUGCACCUUCUACAGUAUUAGUCUAAUGGUAUUGAUAUACUUCUUUCGGGAUAAUCUCAUCUACUGGUGGGAGGCUCUUAUUCUGUUCAGCAUUUACUGUGCCUAUGUGACCUUUAUGAAAUGGAACGUGCAGGUGGAGACGUGCGUCAAGAGAGUGAUAACGAAAAAUAAGGUGACUCGCGUCCGAAGUACAGAUCAGCUUAUGCCAGCAGUAAGUAGUUGGGAAGUUUUUUUGCUAAAAAAAAUGAAAAAAAAACAGAAUAAUUGAAAUUGAAUUUGAAUU